CAGCCAUGUGUCACCACCGCGGGUCGUGUCGCCACGGGGGUGGCACCCUGCCGUGUCCCCGCGGGCAGGUGUCCGUGUCCCCGUGCGGGGUCGCGGGGCUCCCCGUGACACAGGUGACGCUGCGGAAACACACGUGUGUCCCGGCAGGGUCACCGGGGCCGCCGUGUCCCUCGGGUGCCACGUGCCCUGGGCUCUGUCCCUGGCCCCGGGGGUGUCCCGGCUGCCCGGCCGGGGAUCCCCCGGCCCCCCCACCGUUUACCCUCUGGGGCUAUUUUCGGGCUCCGCGGGUAUUUUUGGCUUCCCGAUGCGGAGCUGGCUGGGGACGGGCCGUGCCGGUGUCACCCGCCGGGACACCCGAUCCCGGGGGAUGCGGCCGCUGUCCCCAAGCGGCGUUGCACAAGCGGGGUCGGGGCCCUCUUGCUGCAUCAGCCCCGCGCCGUGAGUCAGCCCCGGACAGGUGGGGCCGGACGGUGUCACCCGCGGCCACCGGCCUGGCCGGACAGCGGCUGUGGCCACCGCGGGGGACGCUGGUGACGCGCGGCGCUGCGGGGCGGCGGUGAUGGCGGAGCUGGGAGAGGAGGACCGGGACUGCCGGGAGUACCGGCGGCUGGAGGAUUGUGAGGAGGACUCGCCCCUCGGCGAGGAGGAGGAGGAGCAGCUGCUGCUGCACGUCACCGAAGGACCGACAGACUCGUGGCACCACAUUAAGGACCUGGACAGUUUCUUCACCAAGAUCUACCAGUUCCACCAGAGGAAUGGCUUUGCCUGCGUCCUGCUCUCGGACGUCCUCGAGCUGCUGCAGUUCCUGUUCGUGGUCACCUUCAGCACGUUCCUGCUGUGCUGCGUGGACUACGACGUGCUGUUCGCCACGCGCCCGCUCAACCACAGCCACGUCCCCGAGCGCGCCAAGGUGACGCUGCCCGACGCCGUGCUGCCCGCCCCGCAGUGCGCCCGCAGGCUCCGUGGCAGCGGGUGGCUGCUGUUCCUGCUGGUGCUGGCGGGCGCAGUCUGGCUGUGCCGCCUGGUCACGGCGCUCCGGCGCCUCGUGGGCUACUGGGAGAUCCGGAGCUUCUACAUCCGUGCUCUCGGCAUCCCCGCGGAGGAGCUGUGUAACCACAGCUGGCAGUCGGUGCAGGCCCGGCUGCUGGCGCUGCAGCGGCGCCAGCCCCUGUGCGUGCCGCGCCGGGAGCUGACGGAGCUGGCGCGGGCGGCCGUGCUGCUGGGGGCGGCCAACCUGGCGCUGUGCCCCUGCGUGCUGGGCUGGCGCCUGCUGCUCGCCUUCUUCAGCUACGCCGAGGGGCUGAAGCGGGCGCCGGGCAGCCUGGGCGCGCGCCGCUGGUCGCUCUACGCGCGCCACUACCUGCGCCACUUCAACGAGCUGGGCCACGAGCUGCGGGCGCGGCUGGGCCGCGGCCACGCGCCCGCCACCAAGUACAUGGACUCCUUCAGCAGCCCGCUGCUGGCCGUGCUGGCUCGCCACGUCGGCUUCUUCGCUGGCUCCGUGCUGGCCGUGCUCAUCGUGCUCACCGUGUACGACGAGGACGUGCUGACGGUGCAGCACAUCCUGACGGCCAUCACGCUGCUGGGGCUCGUGGUCACCGUGGCCAGGUCCUUCAUCCCGGACGAGCACGCGGUGUGGUGCCCGGAGCAGCUGCUGCAGCGGGUCCUGGCUCACGUCCAUUACCUGCCCGAGCACUGGCAGGGCCGCGCCGGCCGCGCCGAGACACGAGCAGAGAUGGCGCAGCUCUUCCAGUACAAGGCGGUUUUCAUCCUGGAGGAGCUGCUGAGCCCCCUCGUGACCCCCCUGAUCCUCAUCUUCGCGUUUCCCCCCCGCGCCCUCGACAUCGUGGACUUCUUCCGCAACUUCACGGUGGAGGUGGCGGGCGUGGGCGACAUCUGCUCCUUCGCGCAGCUGGACGUGCGCCACCACGGCAACCCCCAGUGGCUGUCGGAGGGACACACGGAGGCCCCGCCGGAGCGCCAGGCGGAGCACGGCAAGACGGAGCUGUCGCUGAUGCGCUUCGCCCUGAGCAAUCCCCGCUGGCGGCCGCCGCCGCCCGCCCGCCCGCCGCCCGCCCGCCGCUUCCUCGGCCACCUGCAGGCGCAGGUGACCCGCGACGCGGCCACCGCGCCCGCCCCGCGGCACCUGCUGCCCGAGGGGCCGCUGGCCGCGUCCCUGCUGUCCGAGGGCUCGGCCCUGGCGCCCGAGGCGCUGGUGACCAGUGUCCUGGCGGCCCGCGACCCCCGCUUUGGGCAGCCCUGCGGCACGGCCAGCGCCACCGCCAGCCUGCUGGCGUCCCUACGGACCCCCCUGGGGACCCCGCCCUGCGGAGCCCCCGACAGCCCCGCGGAGCACCCCGAGGACAGGCCGGCGCUGAGUGAGUCGCGGCUGCGCAGCCUGAGCCGCUCGGCGCUGCUGGCCGAGGUGGCCUCUGCUGAGAUGAGCCUUCACGCCAUCUACCUGCACCAGCUCCACCAGCAGCAGCAGCAGCAGCCGCAGGGCCCCGGCCCCCAGCCCGCGGGGGCACCCAAACACCCCUUCGUGACCACAGGCUCGGCUGCCCGGGCCUCGCAGCUGCGGGAGAUGCCGCUGGGCGGGUGGGCCGAGGAGGAAGAGGAGGAGGAAGAGGAGACGAUGACGUAGCCGGGCCCGGCGCCGGGUCCUGGUUGUGCCGAGACCCCCCGGAGGUGCCGGGGGAGCCACCAGGGGCACAGUGGGGGGCUCGCCGUGCCCACUAUGCUGCCAGGGGGGCCCUGUCUGUAGGAGCCCCCUGCUCGGGGCGUCCCUGGUGCCCCCACUACGGUGCAGGGCCAGGGGUGCUGCCAGGGCCCCCCCAGGUGCUGUUUUUUGGGGGGCACAGGGCUGGUGCCCCCCGUGGUGCCCCGAGCACCAGCUGAAAUAAAGGUUUACAGAGGG